CCAGGUGAAGCAAUCCUGAGUCCUACAAUGCUGGCAAAGUGCUAUUUUGGUGUCCAUGAGAUCCCCUUGGCAAAUGUGGAGCCCAGCCCCGCCGCUUCGAGGUCAUUCUCACAAGACAUCAAAGGCAUCCUCAAAAGAAAGUUAUCCUCAGGAGAGGAUAUGGGGGACAGGUUCCUAUUGUCAUCGCGUCUCACAUUCAUUCCCGCCAACAGGCAUGCAUACCAUUAUGAAGUGGUAGCUGACCAACAUGUCCUAAUGGCACGGAAGGAGCUCCAUGAGGAGGCAGAAAAUGGGAAGGACAGCUGUGUAUGUGCUUUCUACAUGGGAGUCGACGAAGUGGAGAAAAGGAUCCUGGCCCUCCACAACGCCAAGCUUGAAGGAGUUCCCUAUGAUGUACUUGAUGUUGAAAACCUGGAACAUGUGAAGAGUGGGAGCGACUUCAAAAAUCUGGAGAAGAAACUGGAAGAAGUCAUCCAAAAAAAGCAGCUCCNAAUCUGGAGAAGAAACUGGAAGAAGUCAUCCAAAAAAAGCAGCUCCUGCAAUCUUUCAUCAGGUGUCACCUUAUCAUCGCAACAUGCUGGAAUGAGUGAGGAGGAAGUGAUGGCGACAUACCGUGAUGUCACAGAUGAAGCAUUCCAGCCAUUCAUGACUCUGGAGGACCUCGAGAAAUCUGGUGAAUGGAAGGCCUACAUUCGUUUAUGCAUUGAUGGGGAGGUCACUGAAAGAUCACAAAGAGUAAAAGGUGCUGAUGUGAAGAUUCUCUUGGGAGACCAAUUGCAAAUUCCUGACAGUUCAUUCCAUGAACCUCUUGUUGGAGCAGUCUUUUUCGCCCAGACUGCAGAAGAAGCCGAAAGAUGUCUUUUGGGACUCCAUGCUCACCAAUGCAGGUUCCAAGGGGAAAAGUUUAUACCAACUGCUUUUCUGGUGGACAGUGAAUCAGAAGCUGGCCAAAUAAAAGAGAGGAUGAAGAGUAUGAAUGUCAAGACUGACACUCUAGUUCUCCUCGGGAGAGCAAGUGAAGGUAACCCCAUUGGGAAUUUAUUGGAAGUCAUUUGA